GCAGCCCCGUCACGGCGCCUCACUCCUUCCCAAGAUGGCGGCCGCGGCCCUGCUUCGGGGCGCGGUUCCGGGAUGCAGCGGCCCGGCCUGGCAAUGGCGGCUGCGCGCGACCCCGAGGUGUCGCCUGGUCCACGGUUCGGGCCGUCACGGCGACGACCCCACGGGCGGCGCGGCUUGGGCCUGCUUCCCGCUACGCGAGCGCGCCUUGCUGCGCGUGCGCGGGCCCGACUCCGCGCCCUUCCUCCUGGGGCUGCUGACCAAUGAACUGCCGCUUCCGGGUCCUGCGAACGGCGCGACCCCGCCCCCAGCGCGGGCGGGCUACGCCCACUUCCUCAACGUCCAGGGCCGCACGCUCUACGACGUCCUCGUCUACCGACUCCCAGAGUGCGAUCAUAGGGAGGUGCCCGCCUUCCUCCUGGAGUGCGACCGCGCGGUGCUGGGCGCCCUGCAGACGCACCUGGGGCUGUACAAGAUCCGGCGGAAGGUCACCGUGGAGCCGCGCCCGGAGCUAUGCGUGUGGUCGGUGCUGCCCUGCACCCCAGUGGAGGCCUACGGGGCUGCGCCACUGCGGGAGCCAGCCGAGAGGACCACCAUCCUCGCUCGCGACCCCCGGACCGGCUGCAUGGGCUGGCGGCUUCUCACCCAGGAUAAGGGCCUGGCCCUGGUGUCCGGCGGCCAGCUGGGAGACCUCCGGGACUAUCACCGGCACCGGUACCUGCAUGGCGUACCAGAGGGCGUCCAUGACCUGCCCCCAGGAGUGGCCCUGCCCCUGGAGUCCAACCUGGCUUUCAUGAACGGUGUCAGCUUUAGCAAGGGCUGCUACAUCGGCCAGGAGCUGACGGCGCGCACCCACCACAUGGGUGUCAUCCGCAAGCGGCUCUUCCCGGUGCGGCUGUCGGGCCCUCUCCCAGCAGGUGGCAUCACCCCUGGGGCCUUGGUGCUCACUGAGUCGGGGCAGGCAGCCGGCAAGUACAGGGCCGGCCAGGGAGAUGUGGGCCUGGCACUGCUGCGGUCGGAGAAAAUCAAGGGCCCUCUCCACAUCAGGACCUCUGAGGGUGGCCAGGUGGCCUUAACUGCAUCCGUGCCAGACUGGUGGCCCACAGCCACCAAGUAGCACUGGAAGUCCCCUGGCUUCUGUGGGCUCCGGAGCUGCCAGGG